CUCCUCUCUUUCUCUCUCCGCCUCUCCUGUUUCCCAUCCUCCCCAAAUUUCACCCUUUUUUCUUCUCUUCAGUUGCUUACUUGACCUAGAGAGUCAAUUGCUCAUUGGGUGAAGCUUGGAUUCUCUUGUUGUUUUUUUGGUUCAUCAGUUGCGUUAGUUCUCGCUUGCCAGAAUGCCUCUGGAAGCUCGUGUGAAAUCUGUCCUAUCCGGCGACACGGUGGUGCUGUCGCAUAUCACCAAUCCCGGCCAGGAACGCAUCCUUAGUUUGGCAUAUGUCUCAGCACCCAGACUGCGCAGAGAAGGCGAUGAGCCAUACGCUUUCCAUUCCCGCGAAUUCCUCCGUGAGCUCCUCGUCGGCAAAGUAGUCCAAUUCCAAGUCCUGUACACCAUCCCCACCGGCGCCAAACGCGAUUAUGGCACCAUCAAGCUCCCCACCUUCGAGGUCUCCGUGCCUGAUAUCAGCGUUCAAGAAGGUUGGACCCGGGUCCGUGAAGAGGCCGGCAAGCGCAGCGACGAGUCUGAGGAAACUCUGGCCUACCUUGAGCGCCUGCGUGCGCUGGAAGACCACGCCCGGUCGGAAGGCAAGGGAACCUGGGCUGGUUCCGACAAGGGUCAGACCGAGACCAGUUAUGAGCUGUCGGAUGCCAAGUCCCUAGUCGACGAAUGGAAGGACAAGCAUCUCGAGGGUAUUGUCGAGCGGGUGCUGAAUGGCGAUCGCCUGGUCCUCCGUCUGCUGCUCUCGCCAGAGGAACACCUGCAGGUCGUUGCUGCCAUGGCGGGUGUCCGGGCGCCGGCGGCCAAACGGGUGACCGCCGACGGCAAGGAGCAGGCAGCCGAGCCAUACGGAGACGAGGCGUUCCAGUUUGUGGAAUCCCGCAUCCUGCAGCGCAAGGUCCAAGUCUCGCUGCUUGGUGUCACCCCCCAGGGUCAGUUGAUCGCUAGCGUCCUCCACCCUAACGGCAAUGUCGCCAAGUUCUUGCUCGAGGCUGGUCUGGCCCGCUGCCACGACCACCACUCAGCUCUCCUUGGUACGGAGAUGGCUGCUUUCCGCCGCGCCGAGAAAGCGGCCAAGGAUGCCAGCGUCGGCCUAUUCACCGGUCUCGUUGCACCCAAGGGUCCUGCAGGCGGGGCCGCCGAGGACUACACUGUCAGCCGUGUGUUGAACGCCGAUACGCUGUUCAUCCGGAACAAGGCUGGCCAGGAGAAGAAGAUCAGCCUGAGCAGUGUCCGACAGCCCAAGCCUUCUGAUCCCAAGCAGGCUCCCUUCGCUGCCGAUGCCAAGGAAUUUGUUCGCAAGAGGCUCAUCGGCAAGCACGUCAAGGUUACUGUCGACGGCAAGAAGCCCGCAACUGAGGGUUACGAGGAGCGGGACGUUGCCACCGUUGUGCAAGGCAACACCAACAUCGCUCUCGCUUUGGUCGAGGCUGGUUACGCUUCCGUGAUCCGUCACCGCCAGGACGACGACGACCGCUCCCCUGAGUAUGACAACUUGAUGCUUGCGGAAGCUGAAGCCCAGUCGGAGGGCAAGGGUAUGUGGUCGCCCAAGCCACCCAAGGCGAAACAGUACCAGGAUUACUCCGAGAGCCUGCAGAAGGCCAAGAUGGAAGUUUCGAUCCUCCAGAGACAGAAGCGCGUGCCCGCCAUUGUUGACUUUGUCAAGUCCGGCUCGCGCUUCACCGUGUUGGUGCCUCGCGAGAACGCUAAGUUGACUCUCGUCCUGUCGGGUAUCCGUGCUCCCCGCUCCGCCCGUAACGCCAACGAGACUGGCGAGCCCUUCGGCCAGGAGGCACAUGAUCUGGCUAACAGACGCUGCUUGCAACGUGAUGUCGAGAUUGACGUUGAGACCAUCGACAAGGUCGGUGGUUUCAUCGGCACCCUGUAUGUGAACAAGGAGAACUUCACUAAGAUCCUGCUCGAGGAGGGUUUCGCUACGGUUCACGCGUACUCCGCUGAGCAAUCUGGGCACGCCACCGAAUACUUUGCUGCUGAGCAGCGGGCUAAGGAGGCUCGUAAGGGACUCUGGCACGACUGGGAUCCUAGCAAGGAGGUUGAAGAAGAGGAGGAGCCGGUCAACAGCAGCAACGGUGCUGAAGUUGAGGACGUUCAGCGCCGCAAAGACUACCGUGACGUGAUGGUCACCUACGUCGACCCGACCACCGGUCGCAUCAAACUCCAGCAGAUCGGUACCGGCACCUCGGCUCUCACCGAGUUGAUGAGCGCUUUUCGCUCGUUCCACAUUAAUAAGGCCAAUGACACUCCACUGCCCGGACCUCCCAAGGCUGGUGACUUCGUGGCGGCCAAGUUCAGCGAAGACGGUGAAUGGUACCGUGCCAAGGUCCGCCGCAACGACCGCGAGAAGCAGCAGGCGGAGGUCCUGUACAUCGAUUUCGGUAACUCAGAGGUCCUUCCCUGGUCUCGUCUGCGGCCCCUGAGCCAGCCUCAGUUCUCUGUCCAGAAGCUUCGUCCUCAGGCUGUCGAUGCGGUUCUCUCGCUGGCCCAGUUCCCCGGCUCCGAGGACUACCUCCAGGAUACUGUCAGCUUUAUCGAGGAACAGGUAUACAACCGCGAGCUGGUGGCCAACGUGGAUUACGUCUCCCCCGAAGGCACCUUGCAUGUCACUCUUAUGGACCCCACCGAGUCGAAGAACCUGGAUCACAGUAUCAACGCCGAGAUCGUUCGGGAGGGUCUAGCCAUGGUCCCGCGGAAGUUGAAGGCUUGGGAACGUGCUGCUGCCGAUACCUUGGCCCACCUCCGUGUUAUGGAGGAUGAAGCCAAGCAGGAACGACGCGGCAUGUGGGAGUACGGUGACCUGACUGAGGACUAAAGCUCACGACCUUUUUUUCUUGUGAUGGGUUGACUGUACAAAUAGUCUCGCAACUGGUGCCUUUUCUUACUUCACAUUUGAUUCCCACAGGCGAUUCACUGUAUGGUCUUGCUUUGGGCCCUUUGUUUCGCCUGAAUUACACAACACCAUUUUGAUGUGAACCUACUAGAUUAGUCUAGGAUACUUCUCUCUCUCUCUCUCGCUCACGUUACCUACUACCUCCCGCUUAAGGAUACCAGACCAAAAGAGGAAAAUAACACUGAUG